GUUUGUUAUUCUUAUUUUCUCCAUUGCUUAUUAACAUCAGGGAAUAAAAUUUUUGUUUUCUAGUCUGGUUGUAUUUUAAUAAAUUUUAAAUAAAAAUUAAGGAUGUCGCGAUUUGUUGAGUCAAAGGAGAGUGAUGAUGAGUUUCACGAUGCAUUAGCUGAGGUGCAUCUCCAUGACGAAACAAAUUUGUCCUCUGGUACCACGUCAGAGGGAAGCAACAACACUGCCCGUAAUUCGUCACACCUUAAAACAAAUGAAGAAAUCAUUGAGGAAAUUACACGCCAAGAGGAGGAUUUCAAACUACCCGAUGAAUGUGAGGAAAAUGAUGAUGAGAACACUGAACAGGAUAAAGAUGUGUCGAACGAACUAUCUAAGCUGUUCACCGACGAUGUCGAUGUUGAAGUGUUGCGCGAACAAGAAAAGAAAUUAAGUCCUGAACAGCUUCAACAAAAUAAAGAGGAAUCCGAUCGCAUGAAAUUAAAAGCCAAUGAACUAUUCAAAACAGAUGAGGCACUGUCUGCAAUCGAGAUUUAUACCAACGCUCUUCACAUAUGUCCCACCACUUACACUAAAGAGCGUGCUAUUUUGUAUGGUAAUCGCGCUGCAGCUAAAAUUAAACUGGAUUCUAAGAAAUCAGCAUUAGACGACUGUACAAAAGCAAUUGAAUUAUGGCCAGAUUACGUGCGUGCAAUAAUAAGACGAGCAAAACUUUGUGAAAGCGAAGAUCGUUUGGAAGACGCAUUGGCAGAUUAUCAAAGAGUUUGUGAACUUGAGCCAAGUCACAAAGAAGCAAGGGAAGCUGUCUCACGAUUACCAGAGCAAAUCAACGAACGUAAUGAGCGUUUGAAAACUGAAAUGCUUUCCAAAUUAAAAGAUCUUGGCAAUAUGUUCCUUAAACCAUUUGGCCUCUCUACAAAUAAUUUCCAAAUGCAACAAGAUCCCACAACAGGAUCUUAUUCUGUAAAUUUUCAACAAAAUCCGAGAUAGUUCACAUUUACGCCUUAAGCGUAAUCUAAAUACACAAUAGUUUUUGUGUUCGAAAUAAAUUUAAAUAUGUAUAUUUUGUAAAGUGUAAUAUUAGGAACAAAUCCCCUUAAAUAAAAUUUAAUCAAGGUGUAGUUUAAAA